AUGAAGGCGUUGUCGUCAGCGGUCCCGCCGGGCCGCCAUGUGCAGCUGGAAACCUUCCUCGCUUGUGCCUGCAACUGCCUCUCAUCAGUAGGCAUGCUUCUCUUCAACAAGCUGGCCAUUGAAGCCUUCCCUUUGGAAUGCUCUCUCGUGUGGCUACAACUUGCCUUUGCCACCGUCGCGUUACUAAGUCUUGCAUGGCCUUCGAUUCACAUCGGCAGCUUCCGGGAUUUGUGCAGAUGGUGCAUGGUGGUUCCAUUCUACUGUGGAAUGCUGAUGACGUCCAUCUUGGCACUCAAGAGCGCUCCCAUGAGCGUCAUCAUCGUCGUGCGGAAUGCAUCACCCUUGAUCUCCUUGGCCAUCGAGCGGUUUUAUCCCGAGCCCCUGAGGAUCAGUGCGCCCAUGCUCUUCAGCAUCCUCAUCAUGCUCAGCGGUGCAGGUAUGUAUGUGUCCCAGCUCCCUCAACAGCACUUUCGAGGUGUUGGAUGGGUUCUUCUCAACAGUGUCGUGGCUGUGGGAGACCGGUUGCUGCAGCGCCUCCUCUUGUCCAAGCAUCAGCAGCCGGUAGACAUCUCAAAGACCGGCGUCAUCCUCAUCAACAACCUCUGUGGUCUUGUGCCGGUUGGUUUGCUCGUUUGGAUACACCAGGAAGCCGCUCAGGUGCCGCGAGCCUACGCAUCCCUGAGCUCCUGGGGCCUGCUCUACGUCUUCUUGUCAUGUGCCAUCGGGCUGUCUCUUAGCUACACCGGGGUCUGGGCACAGAGCCUCAUCAGCGCAACCAGCUUCCUCGUCAUGGUCAAUGCGAACAAGUUCCUGAUCAUCGUCAUUGAAGCCUUUGGCCUUCAUGCUAUGGCUCUGAGUCCCCUGCAGGUGGCCGGGGCCAGCCUCACUAUCCUCGGUGGGGUGAUGUAUAGCAUGGAGCGUCAGGCCUUGGAGCAAGAGGCUGAGAACGGGCCUCUGUUGCCCUCAAGAAAGCUUUGA